GCAAGUGAUCGCGGCGCAGCAGGCCGGCGCGAAGCAGGGCAACAUCGGCAUGGCCUUCGGCAUGCCGCCCAACGCGUUCGAGGGCAUCGAAAACGUGGCAACGGCCUCGGAGGAGGAGGGCGGCACCAUCAAAACCGUGCGUGUGACCGCGGAAAAAGCCGACAAGGCCCUCGGGUUCGUCCCCUUCGCGAUCGCGCCCCCCGACCCGAUUUUGGUGAAGCGCAUCACGCCCGACACGUGGGCCGAGAAGGUCGGGCUGCAGGCCGGAGACGCGAUUGUGAAGGUGGCGGGGAAGAAGGUUGCGGACUACGGCAACCGCGACGAGGUCGCGGAAGUUCUCCGGACGAAGCGGCCGCUCGACCUGGAACUGCAUCGAGAUGUGCCCGAGGGUGGGGAGGCUGCGGAGUCCAGUCCGGCCGAAUCCACCGAAAGCAGCGCCA